AUGGUGACUGUGCAGUACACUGAGAAGGAGAAGCGCGAGCGCAAGUACGAGUGCACGCACUGCAAGAAGCGCUUUACACGGCCAAGCUCACUGACAUCGCACGUGUACACACAUACAGGCGAGAAACCGUUUGCAUGCGACUUCCCAAAUUGCACCAAGCGGUUCUCGGUGCUCAGCAACUUGAGGCGGCACUACAAGGUGCACACGCACAAGCGCCAA